AUAUCUACUCGGUUGUCUCGUCUGUAAUGAUGUUAACGAUUAACAGACCAACAAAACAUUGUCUUCAGCAUCUACACACGUACCCGAAUAGCUUGCGAUCAAGCUUCACAGGUCGAGGCAGUGCUGUAUCAGCUGUUGAUGACCUGCGAUGCGCCGGUAACCGUCGCAAAUACCCCCCAUCGAGAUCACUAGCAUAAUGUCCUUCACAAAUGCGCCGGUGACACGCAGCCUCGUCUACGGACUUGUUGGAAUAUCCAUCGCAGUCAGCUUGCUGGAUAUUAAGCACUAUUUCUACAUCCUAGUUGACCUACAUCUUUGGCGAUUCCACCAAACAUGGAGAGCUCUCAUUUAUCAACUAUGCUACACCAAUUCCUCCGAGGUGCUAUUUGCUGCUAUGACUCUUUACAACAUGAGAGCAGUUGAGAGGAUGUGGGGCUCGAGGAAAUUCGCUACAUUCGUCUUCAUCACCUUGGUACUCACGAGCAUCCUAACCCCCACAAUAUUGACUCUAUUCCUACGGCCGCUUACUCUAGGCCUCUUCAACUACCUCCCAGCUGGACCGACGCCCAUAAUAUUCGCGAUCCUAGCCCAGUAUCAUUCUAUGAUACCGCCGAUAUAUAAGUACAAAGUCGUGACCUCUAUAUCCGCCUCAACGGAUGACCAGGCGCAGGGUAUCACACUCUCAGACAAAUCGUACCGAUACCUGCUCGCAUUCCAACUAGCUCUCUUCCAGUGGCCCGGAUCUCUGCUUGGGGCGCUCAUCGGUUGGUUGGUAGGCUUAUCAUGGAGAACGGAGGCUCUGCCGCGAUCGUUGAUACGCUGGCGACUUCCCGGAUGGGUUGUGGGAAUGCGAACACAGAGGAGAAGCCAAGAAUUUGAGGGAUUGCGUAGAAGGCUUGAGGGAGAAGGCGCAUCUACGGCGGCAGCAACCGGAGUCCAGAGCCAAGGUGAAGGUGAAAGUGGAAGGCGUAGGACCAUGGGCCAACAAGUUAUGGAUCAGUUUCAAAACGCAUUCUAAAAUUGCUUGGUAACUAACUAGGUACUUCAAUUCAUAAAGGGGAAAGAGUGCUCUAAUUCUAACCAUUACUCUUCCCCCCUAACUAUAUCAAACGUCGUCAACAGUCUAUAAUUGCAUCGCCCUUAAUUCUAAGGUUCGGUAUUCACCCCGCAAAAGUCGUUGCGGCUGAAUACACUCCAAUGAUUAAAAUAAUAUCCAUGUAUGCUUGGGCGAGGAUGGCACAGACUGAUCUAUGGAUUUGGUGCUUUUGCCUGGAGAAGGAACCGUCCACUUGUGCAACGAGGGC